UGUGUGUGUGUGUGUGUGUGUGUGUGUGUGUGUGUGUGUGUGUGUGUUGCUCUCUUCACAGCUACUCACAGUGAAUCCAGAGCAUCGUUUUUCCAGCCUGUCUGACAUGCAGACAUCUCCCUACCUCGCUGACGUCAACUGGGACGCCGUGUACGAGAAGAAGAUGGAGGCUGGAUUUGUUCCUAACAAAGGUCGCCUCCACUGCGACCCCACCUUUGAGCUGGAGGAGAUGAUCCUGGAGUCACGUCCCCUUCACAAGAAGAAAAAGAGGUUGGCUAAGAACCGGUCUCGAGACAACAGCAAGGAUUCACAGUCUGAGAACGACUACCUACAGGAGUGCCUUGAAGUGGUGCAGCAAGAGUUCAUGAUCUUCAACCGUGAGAAGUUGAAAAGGCGUCAGGAGGAGGGUCAGUCGGAGGCCGGGGGUGAUGAUGCCAGUGGUGACGGGGAUGGAGAUGCAGAAACCGGAGCUGCCGACGACGACGCACCCGAACCAGAGCCAGAACCAGACCCUGAGCCCGAGCCUGAGUCCUCCUCCAAACUGAGCAUGUGCGGCUCUGUGUGCUCGUCUCCCGGCAGCUGUUAGCGCCGCAUCGCCUCACAGUGACGAUGGCAGGUCUCUCUGGCCGCUGCAGUGUUUGUGCCAUGCCAAAAGAUAUGUUUCACCCCUCUCCUCUGUUGUAGCCCGGAGCGGAGGAAAUGCACAGCUGGGCGACUUGACGUACAGCAGGGCCCAAAAUGGCUCCCAUCACCUCCCCUCUCUGUUUUUGUUUUGUUUUCGUUGCAUCCUUCUGGUAAGGCAUGAAUGAAGCAGAUUCCCAGAGAGUCUCUGCCUACUGUACCCAUCCGCCCUAGAGUAAGCUCUAACUUCUAUGCAAUGUUACAGUAUAGCAUGACAAAUAAGGUAUCACUUACUAGGAGGUGUCGUUCUUACGCAGAAAGCUCCACGAGCAUGAUGACAUCCUGAGCAAUAGCAGUCCAUGGUUUUGGGGGGUUAGUGGUUUUGGUGGAAGUGGCCUCCCCUGUUCUCUCCUCCCUGUUCCAAAUCUGAUGGGGACGACUGAAUUAUUCAGCACACGCAGGCACUCAGUUUAUUUUACUGCCUGUGUCUUCAGUUCACUCUUCCCCCCAGCCUCUUUCAUGUGAUGUGUGCCCUAAUUUAGAACGAUUGUUUCUGUUCUCCUCCUGUUGCAACACCUUUGUGAGAUACAUUUACAGUGUUGAUGACAGUGUGGCCGGUUUCAUGUUGUAAACCUAUUUAAAGUUGUGCCUGUCGAUGAUAAUCAGUAUUUGUUAGUCACAUUGUAGCCAUGAAUACAUUAUAGGUCAGAAUGUUAGUCUGAUUUUCCUCUUUAAAUGUUAGCCAGCUAUUCUUUUUCCAAGCCUUUUUGGAAUGAUAAGGUACUGUAAUUUAUGGGAAAUCAGUACAGCAAUCGGAGGGAAAGGUUACGCUUGUCACUGUGUCCGUAAUGGUUACAAAGAUGUUGUAUUUUAGCCGUUGACCAUGCUCUGACUCAGAGAGCAUUCGGAAACUCAGCUCUGGGGAAUAAAUACCAAUCACCAACACGCUCAUCCUUUAAGAAUCUAUUAGAAAGCCCUUUUUGCUUCACUAGACUUCAUCAUCUUGUUAAGUGCUUGGUUAAAGUAAAGAUCACCUCCCUGUAGAGCUUGGUUUGGGGCUGUGCUUAAAUGUGUAGCUGUGCCCUGUUGGUACUUCAAACUGUAUAGAUGAGCUAGUCUAUGACUGUCAUAGUGAUAGUGGUACAUUUAAGGUGGCACCAUUCAUCUCAGUCUCAACACCUGGGAAUAUGUAGCAAAAGACCACCUUAAAACCCUACGGCCUAACAAAAUGAAACCAUGUAAAUAGCAUACAGUGUAGGUAAUUAAACUCACCACAGUUUUAUGUGGGACUGCGAACUCGACGUGUAAACUUAAGGAAAAGCCGCGUGAAGCUUCACACUGCUUCAUUCUGCUCUUCUUUCCAAGUGUGCAGGCACAACUUGUAGGCAAAAUAUGCCAAAGCUUUUCUACCAUUUGCAUAACCAUUUCUAAGGAACUUUGAGUAUGUGAAUGUAUGUCUCUUUCCCCUUGUAUAACAUAAAGUCAGUUCUUCUUGCAAGUGAAGAUACUAUAAUUUAUACAAUCAUAAUGUGAUUAUGUAUAAACGAUCUAUUUCAGAUAAGGGUUGGGGGGGGCUUCAAGAAAUAGUAAGACGUCUUGGGAAAUACGCCUGUUUGCUGUCUUAAGAAUUGAAAAAGAAGAUUAAUCCCACUCAUGUCUGUCUGUUAAGUAUGUAGCUGGAGCUGGGAGGCAAUUAGCUUAGCCUAGCAUAACGACCAGCAGCAGGGGCAACCUAGCUCUAAGCUAUGUGCCUUGUUCCCCCAUAGCUCUGUGUACACAAUGUACUCGAUUCAUUAACCCUGCAUUAACAUCCAAACCAAAAGUUCACAUUUUUCAACAUACUUGAGGCAAAUUCCAAAUAGGAAAAAAACGCAAAGACGCACAGUGAAUUUUGGGAUUUUCCCUUGAAGUCAUGAACAGAUGGAGAAAGCAAUUAACUGUAAAACCACAAAUAGUUUUAAAUUGGUAAGAUCGAGGUGCAACGUUAGCUUCAGAGUCAACCACAGGAGACUUUGGAGGGACUGCUAGUUGCUAAUUUAUGCUGUUCUUGUUAUCUGGGCUGUGUGUAAUGUGAACUUUUCUGACAUUUUGAGGACUACAAUUAAGGAUGCCUUCAGUAACCUGUGCAUUCAUUUAUAAUGAAUUUAUAACCGUCAUGGUUUCUGUAGUUGUGUUUUUAUUCUUAAAUACAAAGGUCAUCCAGAAACAGACUGUCCAAAGAUGGAAGUAUGAAAAAUUGCAGCUUAGAUAUGUGUUUUCCAAGUAAUAUCAUUUCACUGUGUAGUGUUUUUACUUUUUUUUAAGGAAACUCAUGAAAUAUCAUGAACAAAUACACAGCAAAUAAGGAUCUUUGUUAUAGCAUUGUACAGGUCAAAUAGCAGCUGUCAUACCUCUUGUGCUUCUCAUCCAUGACUGUUGAUGGCAGCUGUCUCAGUUUACACAAUCAAUCCCUGAAAAACAGAUAAAACACCCAAAUUCUAGCUACAAAAUGGCUUAAAAAUAUCAGUCAUUCUUUAUAGUGUACAAUGAAGCUGAGUUGUUUUCCUCCAGGUUUGGAGGCUUGUUCAACAUAGCAUUGCAAUAAGUUUCAACAUACUGCCCUCAACAACAGACUUUGGCAGACAACAUCCAUGUUUGAUUGUUUUUUCCAGAACUUUUAGUGCCAAAUUGAAUAUAUCAGAGUUUUUAGAGAAGUCUGACUUUCCCAGUCCAAAAUGAGAUGUUAACAAUAAUUACAAGUAGUAACUCUAACAUGGCCUUAACACGGCUUUAAUGGAGCUGAACUGAAUGACAAAAGUAACGAUUUAGUAAAGUAAUGUACUUACUAGAGCUAAGCUAAUUGCCUCCCAGCUCUACCUGGAGGUUAGUGUUUUGCUGUCCACAUUCCGUAUGGAUAGCGUCAGCCCAAGUCCACAAGAAACAAGACAUCCAUGUAGAGCCUAAGACUGUCCACACAGACUGUUCAGCAGCAGUAUUCAUUUGUUAAAUACGGACAUUUCCACCUACUGCGCAAGCAUGGAACAGAGUCCUCCAAGCAGACUAGAAAGUAGUAUAAGAACAACAACGUGUCCGUGGUAUCCAUAGCAGUCUGUGCGUACAUCCACAAGGGAGCACGAUCAAGGCUUUAGGCUAGUGUUGUUCUUUCUGUAUCUGCAAGUAUCUAAGGAUCCAAGGACUCUAGCUAGUGUCUGAAUGAUGAAAUUUCAUCAUCAGAGACUGUACAGACGUACAUGUACCUUCCAAUUUUUGUGACAGUCGAUGCAACCACUACUCUACAAGCGCAACAACUGUGUAUGUGCUGAAAUACAUAGAUGCUGAUCUAAAGCUCAUACAUGGAACAUCCCUUCAAGAGGACUACAAAGUAGCAUAAUAACAACAGCUACACAUCCGUGGUGUCUUCAGCUGUCAGUGUUAGCAUACGCAGGAGAAUGUAACCACAAACCUAAUGGAGUGGAAUCAAUCUUCUCACCUCAUUCCCAGGUAGAUAGUCAAUAAGUUUAUUUCCCAGAGAGUUGAACUAUUUCUUUAAACACUAUUCAUUAUGAUUAGAUUAAGAAGCUUUGUUAAAGAGAUAUAAAGUGGCAUCUCCAAGUCUGCCAAAAUAUAUGAUGAAUUUAAUAGUCUUGAGCCCUGUGCUUCUUUUGCAUGUACCUUUACAGUAUAAGCCUGUUUUUGCCAAAGCCCGGAGCUUGAGCCUUACUGGCUGAUUUGUGCAUGCACAAGCUUUUGGUAAAUAGCAUACCUCGAUGCUCACCUGAUUAUUGACACAGUCCAAAAUCAGAGUAUAACUGGCCUGCGUGACUGUUUCUGGACAGUGGGUUUUGUGAACUUUAAACUGUACAAAUCAUAUAAUCCCAGUGUUAUAUGGAUGGCAUGAUAUUCUUAGGUGAUAUGCAGUACCUUUUGGCAUCCUGCAGGUUGUCUUAAUGCUUUGUUCAAGUAUGCAGGCUCGUACCCUUGUGGAUGAGUGGAAUGAGGUCAGCAGCUGUAGUUGAUGCUCUGUUGUGGAUUAAGUGUUGCAUUAUUGUCUGUGCAGCAGUGGAAGAAUAUUUGGAACUGAGGCAGGUUUGACUUCAGCCCAAUACAGAAUUUGCUGCAUUAUUUAAAAAAAAAAAUUGAAUGUUUCCGUUUGUUGAAAAGAAAGCUUGGUUAAUUCUGAGGACCAUUUAAUCGGUCGACACGGAAUCAGCGCGGGCCGGAAGUGUACGUGUAAUUAUAUGUUAAUCAUUUGUAAAUGGAUAAUGAUUGAUUUUCCUGGUUAAUUUAAGUGUAGCUUUUCUCUAAGUUACAAUACUAAUCUACAGUUUUGGCAUUUGUUCCUUGAUAUUGGUGAUCAGUCCUUAUUGGACCAUGCUUGCAAACCCUCCUGACAUGUUUCUUUAUGUGCUAAUAUUCUGGAUGCCGUUAGGUGUGGCAUUGUGCUAGUGUUUGACCAGCAGCAGCAUGUCUCCUAUUCAACUGUUUUCUGAUUGAUGCUCUCGAGACGCAUCAUUCUGUAGGUGUCUUGCUCUGUGGAUACAGUUUGAAACUCAGUGCCCUGUUGAGAAAACACAUCGAGAAGAAAAUGUGAUCUAUGCCACUCGUUUCCUCCUUGUGAUCCUAUUUUGCAUAAUGUUCUUGUGCUGCAGGAUUUUUACAGGGAGUCAGUGAUAGGCCUUGUUACUGUACCAACUGAAACUGCUCCGUGUGUUCAAAAACAUGCUGCUUUAACUGCUUUGAUAAAGAAAUAAAUCUCCUUCCAGUAA